GAUCUGCCAGUGUGCCCGGGGUCCCGUUGCUCUUGAACGGGUCCAUUUGGAUCUGGAUUUAUCGGCGGAUUCACAGCGGAGUCGGGGGUUUUGCGCCUUGGAAGUUUUGGAUGUCUUUAGAAGUUGUUGUUGCCGGUCACGGCCAAUCAGGAGGGUUGUGCAAGACGCAAUUACGGUUGCGCAACCUGGGACUGAUGGGCGAGCGCGCAGUCAUAGCAGUCUCAGGUGUGGUUUGAAAUCGCGUCCUUGUGCAUCUGCUGAGCACACAGGCGGACUCCAAAAAAAAAACACCACUGCCAACACCUUGCUAAAAAUACUGCGUUGGGGGGGUCACCGAGACGCUGGCAGCCUCAAUAGAGCAAGAGGAUAGACAUAUAUAAAUAUCAAGGGAGUCGACAGUCCGCCCUGGGCGAGCUCACACUUCCAGCAUCCCCAAAAGAAACUUAAUUCUACUUCGUGCCAACCACCUACCUCCACCAUGACCAAGACGGGACAAUUCGCCACCCUUGCCGUGCACGCUGGCCAGGAGCCAGACCCUAUCACCGGUGCCGUUAUUCCACCCAUUAGCUUGUCGACCACGUUCGCGCAAAGUGCUGCCGGCGUGCAUAGGGGUUUCGACUACUCUCGGUCCGGCAACCCCACUCGCCAGGCUUUCGAGACGGCUGUUGCCGCUCUGGAGAAGGGCAAAUAUGCUUUGGCGUUUUCCUCGGGCUCCGUCACCACGGCCACCGUUUUGAACAUGGUGGGCCAAGGUGGCCACGUUAUUUCGGUCAACGACACGUACGGUGGAACCUUCCGUUACUUCACAAAGGUUGCCAAGCGCAACGGUGUGGAGGUUGAGUUCCUGGAUCUUUUCGACCCCAAUGUGUUGAAGAAGGCAUUGAAGCCAAACACUAAGAUGGUGUGGAUUGAGACACCGACAAACCCUACACUGCGAUUGGUCGAUAUCAAGGCUAUCGCCGAAAUCGCUCACUCCCAACCUGGCGUCGUCCUUGUCGUUGACAACACAUUCAUGAGCCCAUACUUCCAAAAUCCCCUUGAACUCGGCGCCGACAUCGUUGUCCAUUCCGUCACAAAGUACAUCAACGGACACUCUGACGUUGUGAUGGGUGUUGCUAUCACCAACAGCGACGAGUACAACGAAGAGCUGAAGUUCCUGCAAAACUCCAUCGGCGGUGUGCCUAGCGCCUUCGACUGCUUCUUGGCCAACCGUGGUUUGAAGACACUGCAUCUUCGGAUGAAACGUCAUGAGGAAAAUGCGAUCGCCGUCGCGCGGUUCCUGGAAGCAUCCGACAAAGUUGAGGAGGUCAUCUACCCAGGACUUGAAAGCCACCGGCAACACGCCCUCGCAAAGAAGCAGCAACGUGGAUUCGGUGGAAUGGUCAGCUUCCGCCUGAAGAGCGGUGGCCUCCCCGCAUCCAACCGGUUCCUUUCCACAUUGCGCAUCUUUGCGCUUGCGGAAUCCCUUGGUGGAGUCGAGUCGCUGGCCGAGCUGCCGGCCGUUAUGACACACGCCUCUCUGACGCCCGAGGCACGGCAAGAGGUUGGAGUUACGGACACUUUGAUCCGGUUGUCCGUCGGAAUCGAAGAUGCUGAGGACUUGAUCGAAGACGUCCGUCGUGGUCUUGAAGCCGCUCUUCCAUGAAGCGCUCGCCCGUAAUCCACAACACCCAUCACAUCAGCAAUCACAUCGCGACCCCUCCGUUCACAUCUACCCCGCGUAAUACCAUCG